AUGGCAGCCCCGGAGGCGGAGAGCGCGGAGCAGGCGCCCUGGGCCGAGCUCGAGGCGCCCGCCCGCCUCCUGCUGCGGGCGCUGCAGGCCGGGCCGGACGGCGCGCGGCGCGGCCUGGGGGCGCUGCGGGCGCUGGGCCGCCGCGGGGAGCCCUUCGCCUGGGGCCGCGUCCUGGAGGCGCUGUGCGCGGAGGAGCCGGUGGCCGAGGGCCCGGACUCGCGGCUGCGGCUGAAGCCUCUGCUGCUGCGAUUGCCUCGCUUAUGCCAGCGGAACCUGAUGUCCCUGCUGAUGGCUGUGAGGCCCUCCCUGCCUGAGAACAGGCUGCUCCCUCUGCUGCAGAUCGCAAGGCAGGACCCACGCCCCGACCCCGAUGCCUGGCUCCGGGCCCUGGGGGAACUGCUGCGAAGGGACCUGGACGGCGGGGUCUCCGCCGAGGGAGCGUCCCCGCUGUCCAGAAGCUGCCAGAGUCGGCUCCGAGACCUGUGCAGGCGGCUGAGUCCCGGGGGCAGGGGGUUGCAGCUGACCCAGCCUCCAGACCCCGAAGAGGAAAAGGAGGAGGCGGAGGAGGACAAGUGCUCCCAGCGGCCUGGGAAACGGAAGGGGCCGGAGGGAGAGCCUGCCAGUCCCGAGGGGGAGAGGGCCCCCAAAAGGUUGCGGCAUUUGGAAAGGGUCGAGGAGGAAAGCCGCGAGGAGGAGCAAGCUGAACGUGAACCUUUGGGAACCCUGGCGGCUGGAGGAGACACGUCGCCCGUGAAGGACCAGCCUGGCGUGGGGGCUGAGCCUGUGGAGGCUGCUCUGAGUCCGGAGGACACGAAGGGACCCGCUGAGAGUUUGGAGUUGCCCAAAGCUAUCCAGGACCAGCUUCCCCGGCUGCAGCAGCUGCUCAAGACCUUCGGGGAGGGGUUGGAGGGUCUGGAGGAUGCUCCCACAGUUGAGCUGCAGUUUCUCCACGAAUGCAGUCCCGGCCAGGUGGGCCUGCUCUGUGACCAGCUGCAGCUGCCCCAGCUCUCGGACACAGGUCUCCUGCGGCUCUGCACCUGGCUGCUGUGCCUCUCACCAGAUCUCAGCCUCAGCAACGCCACUGUGCUGGCCAGGAGCCUCUUCCUUGGACGGAUUCUCUCCCUGACUUCCUCAGCCUCCCGCCUGCUCACAACUUCCCUGACCUCCUUCUGUGCCAAGUAUACCCACCCUGUCUGCAGAGCCCUCCUUGGCCCCGUGCUCCGGGCCCCAGAAACAGGUCCAGCUCAAACAGAGCUACUGUGCUGCCUUAUGAAGGACGAGGCCCUGGAGCCAGACAGGCAGAUGCUAAUUCUGGGACAGAUCUUGGAGGUGCCCUGGAAGGAGCAGACUUUCCUGGUGCUGCAGUCACUCCUGGAGCGGCAGGUGGAGAUGACCCCCGAGAAGUUCAAUGUGUUGAUGGACAGGCUCUGCAAAGAGGGGCCAGCAGCCACUGCGUCCAUGGCCUACGCCAAGCUCAUGCUGACGGUGCUGACCAAGUAUCAGGCCAAUAUCACUGAGAUCCAGAGACUGAGGCUGGCCACCCCCCUGUCCCUCAACACCACUUUCCUGAGGAAGUCCCUGCAGGCCGCCCUGAGACACCUGGCCCCCUGA